ACUUAAGAAAAGGCACAGACAAAAUAUGGGUGGAGGGUGGAGGGUGGAGAAAGAUUCUUAUUAAAAAAAUAAUUGCAAAAUUUGGGGUGGAGGAUUGAUUUAUACAUUUACCCCAGAUGAAAACUUGUUGGGGAUAAAUACUGUAAUAAAUUAUUCAAUUAUACUUAUACUACCAAUGCUAUCUUGAGACUUUUUAUAUUAAAAAAUUUGUUCAGUAAUUUGGGUCCAGAAAUGUCAAAUAAGCACUUCUUACCAUUAGAUCCUGGGAAACUCGUCACUAACUGUUUAAGAGCCAUUACUUACGAAUAUGAAUUUAUGUCAUUGUUAGAGAAGGAAAAAGUUAUUUAUAAUAAUCAAUUUGAUCGUUCGAAAGUCGCAUUAAUUAGUGGAGGAGGAUCAGGUCAUGAACCUGGAUUUUAUGGUUUGGUAGGCUCGGGAAUGCUUUCAGCUGUUGCUCAAGGUGAUAUUUUUGCUUCUCCAAAUUAUAAGAAUGUCAAAGCCGCUGAAAAAGUUUGCCACGAGCUUGGUGAGUCAGUGAAGUGGGCAGGUUGUAUCUUCAUUAUUACAAAUUACACCGGGGAUAAUCUUUACUUUGGAAUGGCUGCUCAAGAUUUAAUUGCUAGGUAUGGGAGUGAAAAGAUUCGUCUUAUUAGAGUUACCGAUGAUGUAGCCGUUAAACAGGAUGCAAAUUCAUUAGUCGGCAGACGUACUCUAGCUGGAAUCGCCAUUGUAUCAAAAUUAAUGGGAGCUGCUUCUCAAAGUGGAUACAAUAUCGAUGAGAUUUUUGAAUUUGGUCAAAGAGUCAAUGAUUCUACUGCAUCUGUUAAUGCUGGUUUAGAUCAUGUUCAUAUUUCUGGUCAUAGUAUGGAUUCAGAUUUUGGAAAAUUAGGAAAGACUCAAUUAGAAAUCGGGUUAGGUAUUCACAAUGAGCCCGGUGUCCAGAAGUUAGAUUAUAUUCCUAGAAAUGAAGAAUUAGUUUCCACCUUAUUAGAUAUGAUUUUCAAUAAAGAGGAUGAAGGUCGAGGUUUCUUCAAAUAUUCUAAAGGAGAUAAACUUGUAUUAUUAAUUAAUAACCUUGGUGGGGUCCCAAUUAUUGAAGAGAAGAAUAUCUUGUACACUACUUUAGAAACACUAAAAGAAAAAUAUAACAUUGUUCCGGCUAGAAUUUAUACAGGUAACUUUGUUGGAUCAUUUAAUGCUCAAAUAUUUACUAUUACUCUUUUUAAUGCUAGUACAGCUACUACUAAAACCUUUACCACAGAUAAAAUAUUUGACUUCUUGGAUGAACACACCAAUGCGAUAUGUUGGCCAAACACAGCUUUUAGAAGCAAAAAUUCCAUUAAAAAUGACAGAAUAAUCACAGACUUUGUUGGAUAUGAUGAUGAAGUUCCUAAUGCUAUUAUAGAAGGUCCUAUAGAUUUAAAAAUUGAUCCCAAAGUAUUAGAAAACAUUGUUCGAACUGCGGCACAAAGAGUUAUUGAGAAAGAACCAGAUUUAACUGACUGGGACACUAAGAUGGGAGAUGGUGAUUGUGGUUAUGGUUUAAGGACAGGUGCUGAAUUAAUAUUGCAAAAGUUGGAUGAAGAUAGAAUAGCAGCCUCAGGAUCCAUUCUAGAAGUAUUACAUAUUGUAUUAAAUGUUAUUAAAGAUGAUAUGGGAGGUACCUUAGGUGCAAUUAUCUUCAUAUUUAUGAAAUCUGUUAUUAACAAAGUUGAAGAACUUUUAAGAGAAGAUCCCAAUCAAAAUAUCAGUCAAUUGUUUGCUACAUCUUUGCCAUUUGGUCUUAAAACCUUAUAUGGUUAUACCAAAGCAAGAGACGGUCACAGGACUGUCAUGGAUGUUUUGAUUCCAUUUGUCAAUUGUUUUCAUGAAACUCAAGACAUUGACAAAGCCAUUCAAGUUGCAUACAAUGCCGCAGAAGGGACAAGAAAUUUGAGACCAAAACUUGGGCGUGCUACCUAUGUUGGUGGUUUAGAUGAUCAGAUUGUUUUUCCACCAGAUCCUGGAGCUUAUGGUAUAUAUGAAAUUCUUAGUGCAUUAGCUUUGUAAACAUUUUAUCAAUAUAUGUCAUC